AUUCUCUUGACGCUCACACUUCGAACAAAUCUUAACCUUGUGAGAGCUCAAAAUGUGGAAAAUCUUUGCGCUGCUGGCGCUUUCUGUGAAUAUUUGUGUCUCAUCACCGGUAGUGCGGACCCAGCGUGAAUUUUCCACGUACAGAUUGCCGAACACUACGGUUCCAACGCACUACAAUUUAUACCUGGACACUGACGUUCACCUGGGAGUGUUUGAAUAUACCGGAAAUGUGAAGAUCAGCAUAAGAGUGUUAGAAGAUAUCAAACAGAUUGUGUUGCACAGUGUGCGCAAUGAGAUUCAAAGGAUCCAACUGUUCACCAAUCAGUUGCCAGUUCCUGUCCAGGGAUUCGAGUUUGACGUGGAUAAAGAGUUUUUAAUAGUCAACACGAACGUAUGGCUUCACGCUGGUGAAAGUUAUGUCCUGGACAUUGAUUUUACCAACAGUCUGGAACGCAACGACCAGGCUGGAUUCUAUCUAUCGUCAUACGUGAAUGAUGCUGGUGAAACGAAAUUUCUUGGAGUAACACAAUUCGAAUCGUGUGAUGCGAGAUCAUCUUUCCCGUGCUACGACGAACCGGGCCUAAAAACUACUUAUGACGUGAGGAUUGCAUGUGGCUUGGAGUACACAGCAAAGUCUAAUGCUCCAGCUGCUGGAAUUCAAAUUCUAUCGAACGGAAAGAAACUGACCACAUUCCAGAGAUCUCCUCGGAUGCAAACAUACUUGGUGGCAUUCUUGGUUUCGGAUUUCGCAAAUGAACGUGAGGUUAGCAAAGAGCCACACCAAGUUGCAGUUUCGACCCUGGCUCGUCCAACUGCACGCCAUGCGUUGACGUACUCCGUCGAUGCCUCGGUAAAAUUUCUACGCGAAAUGGAGAAAUACUUUGAUCAAAGCUAUGCCAUGACGAAGAUUGAUAAUGUUGCAGUUGCGAAUAAUGAUUUCGCGGCAGGAGCUAUGGAGAACUGGGGUUUGGUGACUUACCGGGAGUCCACCAUUUUGUUCGAUCCAGAGAUUCACGGCGAAGCAACCCAACUGAGUGUGGUUGGUAUCGUCGGUCACGAGUACACGCAUCAGUUCUUUGGAAACUUGUUGGCUCCAAAGUGGUGGUCAUACCUUUGGUUGAACGAAGGAUUUGCACGCUUUUACCAGUAUUAUGUAUCUGAGUUUAGUCAUCCAGAGCUCAACAUGCGCGAACGGUUUGCAGGUGUUCGAACGACAGCCUUGAACACUGAUGCCAGUGCAACUGUUCGCCCAAUGACACACUACGUCGAAACAACGGCAGAAAUCAGCAGAUUAUUUGAUAAUAUCGCCUAUGCCAAAUCUGCUAGCGUUCUGCGUAUGUUCAACUAUGCCUUGACCGAGAAGACCUUCCAGAAGGGAAUACGAUACUACGUCCAGCAGAACAAGGACAACGGCGUUGUGGAGGAACAGGAUCUUUUCAACAGCUUGCAGCAGGCGGCAGCCGAAGACGUGCGUCUUCCACUCAGCCUCACCAUGAACGAAGUGUUCAGCUCGUGGUCCAACCAAGCUGGAGCUCCAGCCGUGACGGUAACCCGAGUCGGAACUACCAACGAGUACCUCUUCUCCCAGGAGCGAUUCUUCAACACCCCACAGGACAAUCCGUCAACCCAAUCAUGGUGGAUUCCCAUUUCGUUCACCUCGUCGAGCAACGCCGAAUACGAAACACGAGUUGCCUUCUGGAUGCCUCCGGGCGUGUCCGAAGUGAGCUAUAGAAUCGAUGGCGAUCAGGUGCUCAUCAAUCCGCAGGCUACCGGUUACUACCGAGUAAAUUACGAUCCGGAAAUGUGGGCAAGCAUCAUUCGUGAUUUGCACGAAAAUCCAAACACUAUUCACAAACUGUCGCGAUCGCAACUUAUCGAUGACUCAAUGCAACUGGCUCACGCUGGGAAGUUGGACUACGACACUGCCUUCAAGGUGAUGGAUUAUCUUCGUGAAGAGGUUGAGUAUGUCCCAUGGGAGACGGCAGCUUACAAUUUGGACUACUUGCAUAGAAUGCUGCGUAGUGACAAAAAAGCUUCAGAAAGUCUUGAAAACUAUGUCGCAGAUCUGGCUAAGAAGCUACUAUCCACAUACGGAUUAGAGCCUGUUAAGGGUGAAUCCGCCAAUGCUGAAGAAGCUCGUCUAUUUGGUCUUAAAUGGGCGUGCAAAAAAGAUGAGCGUUGCAGGGCUAAGACAAACGAAAAAAUCAACAGAAUGAGAAAAAGAUCUACGCUUGAAAUAAACUCCAAAUCGGAACAGCUGCUCAUGUGCCAUCAACUUCGUUAUAUCAAUCAACUAGACAUUGUCACGAUGGUUGAUAGUUUGAGAAUGACACGAGAUGAUCGCUCUCGUGGCUAUCUGAUCGAUGCUUUGAGCUGUGUUGAAGAUAAAUCUUCAAUCAAUUACGUGUUGAACUCGCUGAGAUUGAAGGACUUUAAAGCCAACGAGAAGUUACAAGUCAUUCAGAAUAUUUUCCAAAACUCUGUCGAAGGUUUCGAUAUUAUUAUGGAAUUAUUGAACACAUCUACUAACAUUGUCGAAGAUCUAAAUGUAAAUCGUCGUGCCUUCCACGAAAUUCUGGAGAAUCUUGCCGAGUUCGCUACCGAUACGGAAUCUGCAGCGCAAGUGAUGGCCAUCGUCGAACGGGAAGCUCCAGUUAUUUCAGCGGACGUACGAACCAAACUGAGCGAAAAUCGAAGCUGGAUCGAGAGAAAUUCUGCUGCUGUGAUUGAAGCACUUCAUAAAUAUCUUUAAAUGUGAUACCGUUUUAAUGUAAAUUGUUACGAAAAUAAACAACCAAAUGUUGAUGUCUGCAAA